AAAAGUUAAAAACUGCGCAAGUACAAUUCUGUGUCAUGUACUUUUAGUCUUAUAUCAAAAAAACUAAUAAAGCUGAUAAAUUUUAUUAAUAUCUAGUGUAAAAUAUGUAUCACAGAAGAAAACAUAUACUGACUUAUAACUGUACAUUAUCAUGAUGGACACAACGUUUACGGAUUUGUUGGAAAAAUUGACUCAAAGUAAAGAUACAAAUGGAAUUGUAACAGUACAGAAAAAUACAUUGCUUCGAUAUGAAGAAACAAAUGAAAUGUUACGGCAGUUUCUCGAACUGUCUAAUGUAACACACAAAAUGCUGUUAGAAAGUUACACUAAUCAUUCAAAAACGUUAUGCUCGUUGAAGAAGGAUUUAGAAGUGACAUUUAAACGCAUCAGAGAACUUAAAACCAAUCUAAAGCUGAAGUACCCUGAUGCUUUCGAAGCAACCGCAGAUGCCAUUAAAGAGUUGAAAACACGCUACGAACAUGAGGAUGAAGAACGAUUCUCAAAAGCACGUGAAGACGAACAAACAAAAACGAUAUUCAGUGAAAACCAACCUGAAAAGUCUCUUUCACAAGAAAAAACACACGAAAAAGUAGAGAAUGAACAAGAGGACUUAAUAUCUAAGGAAACAGCGAGAACAGAGGAAAUAUUACAAUGCAAUGACUCUGACGAAUCUAAGUCUGCGGAAACAGCCGAAACAAAGGAAAUAUUACAAUGCGAUGACUCUGACGAAUCUAAGUCUGCAAAAACAGCCGAAACAAAGGAAAUAUUACAAUGCAAUGACUCUGACGAAUCUAAGUCUGCGAAAACAGCCAGGACAAAGGGAAUAUUACAGGGCAAUAACUCUGACGAAUCUAAGUCUGCAGAAGAAAAUAAUAAACCGACCACAAUAAAGGAGUUGAGUGAUAAAUUUGCGGAGCAGACAAUCACGCCAGUAUUUCAAAAUGAGGAUAAAGAUGUUAUUUCCUAAAAACAAGUAAAUAAAUAAUCUCAAUAUAUUCACUUUCUCCUGGGCACGCUGGUCUUGAAAUUGUGAUCAUUUCAGUCUUACCUUUGAUACAACUGUCAACAAACAACUUUUAGAAAUGUAGCAUGUGUCAUUCUUUUUGUACACACUUCUUUUCGAAGUUAUUUUAUUGAUGUCACGU